AGAAGAAGAAGAAGAUGAUGAUGGGUCGGCUCGCAACUCUCUCAGAAGUGGAACCAAUCAACGACCAAGUUGACCACCAAACCUCUUCUUCUUCUUCUUCUUCUUCUAAGAAGGUUCUCCAUGCAUGGCGAAACUGGAGCUGCAUCAAGUCUCACUUCAACAAGAAGCACCCUGAUCUGAAGCUUCUCCUCAGUGUCCUGGCUUGUCCUCUCUUCCCUGUCCCUCCCCACCCUUCUCUCCCUUCCCUCAACCAUGCCCAGGUGUCAUCAUCAGCUGAGUACAUUAUCCAACACUUCACGGCAGCAACAGGGUGCCGGAAGUUAGAAGGGACGGUGAAGACUGUGUUUGCAACGGGGAAGGUGGCAAUGGGUGUGGUGGAUGAGGUUGGAGCCACUGCAGGAGUAUUAGAAAAAGGCUGCUUUGUCAUCUGGCAAAUGAUACCUCAUAAGUGGCAGAUUGAGUUGGUUGUCGCCGGUCACAAGGUUGUUGCCGGCUCCGAUGGCACCGUCGCGUGGCGCCAUACCCCUUGGCUCGUCCCCCAUGCCGCCAAAGGCGGCGUGCGCCCUCUUCGGAGAGCUGUUCAGGGACUAGAUCCUUUGGCAGUGUCUGCUGUAUUCAGUGGUGCACAGUACAUGGGAGAGAAAGAAAUCAUGGCCACUGAUUGUUUCGUUCUAAAGCUGUCAGCAAAUCAGAAGGACCUUGUUGAUCGCAGUGAUAACACGGCAGAGAUGAUCAAGCAUGUCACAUUUGGAUACUUCAGCCAGAAAAAUGGCCUUCUAGUGUACCUUGAAGACUCUUUCCUCACAAGGAUUCAGUCACCUGGUACUCACCCUACUUAUUGGGAAACAACAAUGUCAACAACGAUUGAGGAUUAUAGAAUGGUGGACGGCGUCAUGAUUGCGCAUGGCGGCAGGUCCACCGUGAUUAUCACCAGGUUUGGUGAUAAUCUGAGGGCAGGACCUGCCGUUACGCGGAUGGAAGAGUCUUGGACCAUUGAUGAUGUUGCUUUCAAUGUCCCAGGCCUAUCCAUGGACUGUUUUUUACCACCUAAGGAGCUACAGAAAGAUGAUGAUUAUCCACAAGAGAAUCUUGAUUGGAGAUCACCUUUGAAUACAUGAUGUGUAAAAUUGGACCUUUUUUUUCUUUGUAUUUCUUUCUUUCUUUGGGCUAAAGAAAUGGUUGCUGCUAAUUGUUAUAGCUUUAACAUAUGUAUUACUGAUUCUGGGCAUAAUGUAUCAUGUCAGUUAUUAAUUGUGUAUGAUUUUAGAGU